AUGUCUGCCACAAGUCUCAAUCCACCUAUGCGCCACCUCUUUUCAUGCACUCCACACACUUGGUUCGAGCCACCUCCGCCCGGCGACGCGCCUGAUUACUCAAUCGCUCCCCGUUUGCAGGCCAACGCCGGAACUGCAUUUCAUUGCGCCGCACGUUUGGGAGGAUUGAAAUGGGGCAAACACUCUUCUCCUGGCGACAGGGUCAUCGACUCGUUCUUUGAUCUACUCGACUUACACCCAUCGCUGCUCGAGCUCUUCGAAGCCAAGAUUGAGGCAAUGGGUUCGACCAGGGCUCGCCGCAGGGCUCGGAUUACCGAAGACGAGGUCCAAAGAGCAUUCACGUCCAUUUUUGCUGGCGGCCUAGAAGAUGCAACGUGCGACCUGCUCGACCACUAUGCAUCGAUCACCGAAGACAACUUCACGCCCACGACCAGUGGCUACUGGGUAAAGUUGCGCAGCGACCAAGGGCUACCAUGCCGAACGCGGGGCGAUGCCAUCCUGGAAAUUGGCCGUGGGAUUGACGACUCAGCAGUUGUUGUCUCGUCAAUCGCGAUCGACUUCGAACGGGGACCCGUGCAUCACACGGCGGCCAAAGGGCCCCCUCCAUCCGGAUCCAACUCGGCGAUCCCAGUACUCGAUCACUCGCCGGUGCCGCUGCAGAAUUUGGAGACGCAAGUCUCGGUCGGUCCCGACGCCAUAGCCACGAAGGUAAGAAAUGCGACGUGCUCAUUUGCAUUCGAAUCGGCCCUGCAGCUUCGAUCUGAUCUAACUUUGUUCGCGUGUUUUUUGCAGGCCAUCAUUCAGUGCGCUUCCCAAGGCUGCCGCUUCUUUCUCCUGUUCUCGGUGCCGUUUUUUCAGAUCGGUGAACUGGGUACGUCGCGCCUUCGGUUUCGACCUGUGCAUGGUGUAACGGUCACGCAGAGUCACUAAUGCCUGCAACUGCGCAAUCUUGGGUCCUUCAUACUCAGUUGAACACCAAACCGCCGACGCUGCAAGAGCAAGCGAUGCGGCAGCUUCGACCGCGUUAGCCUCCACCUCGACGGCACCAAUGCCUGGCACGUCCAUUCCCUCGACCCCCACUCCCCCUUUCACGAUGGAUGCGAGCGCCCCACCCACUGUUCGGAGACAAUAUAGCCUGCUCCUCCAAGAGCUGGCGCGAUGGGUCGAGCUCCAUCCAGGCACCUCGCUCCGGCCCGCCGAAACCCUCGGCGUUGACGUCCCGACGCGGUCGUUCAUCGUGUCUUUCAUUGCUCUGGCGUUCACAGCCGUGAUGACGGUGCCCGACCCGGAGAAAGCUAGCGUCAAAGAAUUGCUCGACGCCAACCCUAACACUUCGACUCAGUCGCGACCUCGCGCCGACUCGGACUCGGACGUUGCAGAUCGUUCCUACGAGCCGGCGUACAAAGUACAGAAAAUUUCGGCCAUCGGCACCGGUACUCGCUCUUCAAGGCGAAUGGAAGGCGACUCCCCGCUAACUCAAGCCAAGGAUCCGAAUCGGCCCACCACCCUGCCAGUCUCCGAGCAGGCCGGGUCCGACCUCUCCUCUGGCGCUCUGACUCCUGUGGAUCGCUCCUUCUCGUCCCCCCGUGCGUUGAUGACUCGGCUGACGUCGCCGAUCUCUGGCUCGCAUCCUUCAUCGAGAUCUGUCACAAUCGUUCAGGAUCGUGAGUUCGUGAUCAAGGCGAGUUCGUCAAACGCGCACUGGUCGAUGAUGGUGCGUCACGUGUUCUGGCGGUGCUUGUCCUGUCACAGAACUCGUGGCUCCGCUCACUCAACUCGCCUUUGAUUCAUGUACUCUUUGCAGUCGUACACAGGCACGAGCCGCGUUAAUCUGGUCGAAAUCGACUUUGAUAUCGUCUCCUCGGUUCCUUCCGACUUGUCCCUUCCGUCCCAUCUGUCGUCGAACCCUUCCCCAGCCACCGAUUUUAUCCGGAGCCUCCAUUUGUCGGAUGCCGUUUUGCGGUGGUUGACGGAAGAUCCCAAGGACGAGCUCGAAGACGAUCGGAUCCCGCUCGAACUCUUCGAUCACUUCGAGACCACGGCGGAUCUUCGCCUGGAGAAGCAGGUCGGGACGGGAAGUACUGCCGACGGGUAUCUUGCAAACGUGGUGCGAGUCAACCCACGUUGGUCCUCCCCGGCCGAUCGCGAGGUUGGCCACCCUGCUCCGAACACGAGGUACUUUCUCAAGCUCGUGACGUGUCACUACGUUGGCUCGGUCGUCCGGGAGACGCUGUUUUAUCAGCACGUCUUUCCCCAUCUUCCCAAUCAGCUCCAAAAUCAUCUGCCACGUUAUCACGGCACGUACCGCGGUAUCAACGGCAAUGGGUACGCUAUGGUGCUUGAGGACGUGGGGACCCACAUGAAUUACUCCGAGUUCUAUGAAAGGUCUGGCCAGUGGCAGUAAGUCUUUGGGUCGCGGCAAGUCGUCGACGACACGAUCUUCUUUCGCGAUGACCUCCAGCUCAGCGUGAUACUGACACAUCUGUCCUUUCACUUCUUACUCGCCAUGUGCAGUGAGAUCGAGAAGGCUUUCGUUGAGCUUGGAAUUGUUCACAAUGAUAUCCGCCAGGGGAACGUAUUGGUUCGACCCGACGACGGGGGCUUUUGCUUCGUCGACUGGGGACGAUCUUAUCUCAAACUUCGAGUGUGA